AUGUGGCCAUUUCUAGAUAGGAUCAUGUAUGAUCACUCGACGGAGGAGGAAUAUUACAAAAAGAUGCAGCAGAAGUCGUCUUCGUCGAGUGCCAUUACGGUGGGGCUAGUGGCGGCGGUGGGGGGAUUUUUGUAUGGGUACGAUACUGGGCUCAUUAAUGAUAUUAUGGAGAUGACGUACGUGAAGGAAAGCUUCCCGGCGAAUGGACAUAGCUUCAACGUACACGAGAGAGCGUUAAUAACCGCCAUCUUGUCACUCGGGACAUUUUUUGGGGCGUUGAUAGCUCCGUUGAUAUCAGAUACAUGGGGUAGAAAGUUUUCGAUCAUUGUAUCGUCAGCGAUAAUAUUUAAUGUGGGAAACAUCUUGCAGGUGUCGUCCACAGAGGUGGUGCUUUUGUGUGUUGGGAGAGCUGUUUCGGGGUUGUCGGUGGGUAUACUAUCAGCCAUUGUGCCGUUGUAUCAAGCUGAAGCUUCGCCAAAAUGGGUAAGAGGUUCCAUUGUGUAUACUUACCAAUGGGCGAUAACAUGGGGGUUGUUGAUUGCUAGUGCUAUAUGCCAGGGGGCAAAAAACAUUAUGAAUUCGGGUUCGUAUAGGAUACCGGUGGGAAUACAGUUCUUGUGGGCACUUAUUUUGUCUGUUGGGAUGCUUUUUUUACCCGAAUCUCCUCGAUUCCAUGUACAGAAGAAUAACAUCCAAGAAGCAUUAAAAUGCUUAGCUAGACUAAGAAAAGUGCCGACAGAUGACCCUGAUUUGAUAGAAGAACUAGUUGAAAUCAAGGCCAACUAUGACUACGAAUUAUCGUUUGGGAAGGCAUCCUAUAUAGAUUGCUUUAAGAGUGGUGGAGGGAGAAAUAAGCAACUUACGAGGAUGCUCACAGGUAUUGGGGUGCAGGCAUUUCAACAAAGUUCAGGAAUCAAUUUUAUUUUUUAUUAUGGGGUUAAUUUCUUUGCAAAUUCAGGAAUUAAUAAUUAUUACUUAAUGUCAUUUGUAACUUAUGCAGUUAACACGCUUUUUACAAUACCAGGGAUAUUUUUGAUUGAAGUUAUAGGAAGAAGGAAACUAUUAUUAUUUGGCGGCAUUGGAAUGGCUGUUUCAAAUUUCAUAAUAGCAAUUGUUGGUGUGAGUAUGUCAGAUGAGUCAAUCAGUUCAAUAAUAUGUGUGUCAUUUUCGUGUGUCUUCAUUGCAUUUUUUGCAUCAUCAUGGGGUGGUGCUGUGUGGGCACUCUCUUCGGAUAUAUAUGGUAUUGGUAUUAGACAGAAAGCAAUAUCGCUUACGGCAGCGACAAAUUGGUUAGUCAAUUUUACCUUUGCAUUUAUAACGCCAUAUUUGAUUGAUACUGGUAAGCAUACCGCAGCAUUGGGUAACAAAAUCUUUUUUAUCUGGGGUGGUUGUAAUGCUCUAGGCGUCGUAUUUGUGUACUUUAUGGUUUACGAAACGAAGGGAUUAAAAUUGGAAGAAAUUGAUUUCAUGUACAAAAACUGUGUGAACGCUAGAGCUUCGACUAAAUUUAAAUCUCAAAAGAUUGUAUACGCCAAUCAAAUUUCAACACCAAUUUCAGAGCUUCUUAAUCCUAACAUAUCGCAUAUCGCAAUUGAAAAAUCAAGUGGAAGUAACAAUAAUGGCGACGAUGAUGAGAAUAGCGAAGACGAUCACCAUGAUUUUGGUUUAGAGAAUGGAAAUGCCUUACAUAACAAUUUGGAUAAUAGGAAUAUAACUCUUAUCCCUUAUAAGAAUAUUAUUUCGCCUCUGCGAUCAUUCAGUUCAGAUUCUUCAAGUGACUCUGACUCAUCUUCACCACUCAAUGAUUAUGAAAGAUAUUUACAUAGCUUGCAAAAAGAAGGCAGUCAUCAUGACACCUCGCAAACCUCAACGUCCUUAAUUACUGACAAUAAGCGAAGUCGUCUUAAUUCCAUGCAUAAUGCCCACUCCAGGGGUAAUUUUACUGAGGAGGACUUGAAGUACCUCAAUGAUGAAUAUGAUUUAACUAGGGCACCCCUAAAACCAAGCACGAAUAUGACUGUUAUAGCGGCACCAUUUUUUGACGCUCCACCAAGCGAUUCAGACAGCGAGGACGAAAACGACGAUCAAAUCGGUGACGAAGACGAUAGCGAAACAGAACCAGAAACCCCCAAGGGCUCACCGGUUGAUACCAAGGACUCUAGUUCGUAG